CAUCCAGCGUUAGACAUACAGCCACGAGACGAUAUCGAUGUCCAGCGGCACCGAGACCGGCGGCGACGUCGACGGCAUGCACGUCGUGAUGUUCCCCUUCCUCGCCGUCGGGCACAUCACUCCGUUCGUGCAGCUGGCUCGCAAGCUCAUCGCCGCGGACGGCGGGGUGCGGGUGACGCUGCUGUCGGCCGCGGCGAACGUGCCUCGCGUCCAGGCCAUGCUGGGGUUGUCUGCGGUGGCGGUUGUGCAGCUGCGGCUGCCGCGCGUGCCGGGGCUCCCCGACGGCGCCGAGAGCACGGCCGAUGUCUCGAUGGACGGCGCCGAGCUGCUAAAGGUGGCCAUCGACGGCACAAGGCCGCAGGUGGCGGCCCUGCUCGCGGAGCUCCGGCCCGACGCGAUUCUCUUCGACUUCGCCACCCCCUGGGUGCCUGAGGUGGCGGCGCCGCUCGGCGUCAAGACACUGAUGUUCUCUACCUUCUCCGCCCUCUCGGGCGCCUACCUUAUGGUGCCGGCGCGGCGCAACGCGUCCGCCAAGGACCUCGAGUCGGCGCCGUCGGGCUUCCCGCCGUCGUCCUCCCUCGCCACGGUCCCUACCUACCAGGCGGCCGACUUCAGCUACGUGUUCAGGAGCUUCCACGGCAAGCCGUCCGUGUACGAGCGCUUCGUCGCAGGCGUCCAGGCGAGCGACGGGCUGGUGCUGAGGACCUGCGCCGAGAUGGAAGGCCCCUACAUAUCCUAUCUCGCCGCCCAGCUCGGGAAGCCGGUGCUGGCCACCGGGCCGGUCGUGCCGGAGGCGCCGGAGGGCGAGCUGGAGGAGCGGUGGGCACAGUGGCUCUCUUCCUUCCCGGACAAGGCCGUGGUGUACGUCGCCUUCGGGAGCGAGGCUUACCUAACGGCGGCGGCUAUCACGGAGCUCCUCCUGGGCCUAGAGUCGAGCAACCGGCCGUUCCUGGCCGUGCUCAACUUCCCCAUGGGCACGGACGUGGAGGGGUGCACGCCGCCGGGGUUCGCGGAGAGGACCAAGGGGAGGGGCGUGGUGCACACGGGGUGGGUGCAGCAGCGGCACAUCCUGCAGCACCGGAGCGUGGGGUGCUUUGUGACCCACGCCGGGCUGAGCUCCCUCGUGGAGGGGCUCGUCGCCGGAUGCCCUCUCGUGCUCCUGCCCAAUAGGGGCGACCAGUUCCUCAACACCGCGCUGUUCGCGCGGGAGCUCCGCGUCGGGGUGGAGGUCGCGCGGCGCGAUGGCGACGGGUGGUUUGGCCGCGGGGACAUUAGCGCCGCCAUAGACACGGCGAUGGCGGACGGAUGGGACGGGGAAGGGAGCAAGUGGAAGGAGUUCAUGAUGGACGACGCCGUGCAGAAGAGGUUUGCUCAUGAUUUCGUCAGGGAUUUUACAAAAUCCGUGAGGGCUUGAAAAGUUAUUUAACCGCGCGUGUUCCCUUGAUUUUAAAAACUAUACGACAUGGUCUGUCGUUGGAUCACCCUAUUUAUUACCUUGAUUGAUUGAUUUCUCUUGUAUGUACACAUACUGUCCAUAUAUAUACGUGUGUAUGUGUGUGUGUGUUGUGGAUGUUUUAUAUGUAUGUUGCCAUGUCGAAGAAUAAAUGGGAUGAAGCAGCAGAAAUGUUACUUAGCCAAACGUUCCAAAUCA